UAAUAAUAAACUUUCUUGAUAUUUUGUUACUUCACGAAUGUGCUCCGAAGCUCGAUCAACCGGGCACCAGGAGAUCUCGGGAAAUACGUUCUUUCUGGACAUAGUACGAGGUCAGACUCGAACCGUUGGGAAUGACCUGCAGAGAUUGGGUGGGACAGUGGAAAAGUUCCUCAGCAAAGAGAUCGACUACAUCAUCACCAAUGGAAAUGUAUCUACACCACGGAAAACACGAGCAUCCAGACCGUCCAGUGCACCUGUGGGACAGAGCAAAGGAACUGAGCCUGAGCCUGAAGUCCGCUCUUAUGCAGUUGGUGUAGCAGCAAAGUGGGGAAUUCAAGUACUUAGUUUAGAAGAUUUGAAACAGUGGAUUGCAAGACAAAAAGCGGCAGCAGCAUCAUCUUUACUCCGUCCAUCCAGCAAGGCAGGUCGAGUUGCUCCGUCUUGUCAGCUCAGAGAAAACUUCAUCAAAUUGGAAGAUAAAUCAAAGAAGUAUCAACCGACGGUCAAGCGUCCAUCCACGUGGCCAAGGCCAGACUUCACUGCGUCCACUGGAUCCCCGUUCACCACGGAUGCCUAUAGUCCCCCAAAGACCCGGUCAGCGGGUCGCUUGACCAACGCCCGUAAAAAGCCUGCAGCCAGGGGCAGUGUGUCGCCACAAAGAAAGACGAGGCAGACGCGCCAGGUAGCCGCCACCAGAAGAUCAGCCCCGCCCUCACCAGUUAAACCGUCACCCAGAGGAAGAUCCCCUCGUGUAACCAGGGUAACCAGAGGACCAAUUGUCACCUUCCAACUGGCCAAGAUCCCUCCGGCAUCUGAAGUUAUCCCAAAAGUCAAGCCAUUCAAGAAGGUCAAUGUUACGUUGAGGAAAGUGACACGACAGCUAGACUUUGAUGAUGUCAUUAUCCCUUCCCCUGUCAGCACUACUAAGACUAAGGUCAUGAGGGUAUCUAAGAAAGUCGCUAUACUCAAGGACCUUCAAGAUCGUCUUGAUGGCAUCACCGAUGAAUCCCCCGUCAAGACGACACCCAGACGCCAGCAGCCAGCCAGAAGGCGUAGGAAGGGCUCCACCUCCCCCAGACCCGUCACAGUCGCACGGCUUGCUCGUCAGCUCAAGAAAGAACUGCACCAGACCUCCCCAGAGAUCUCUCCCAUGCCCCUCAGAAACGGCAAGAUGAAAUUUGGGGCCUAUUGAUGAAUGUUUGAAAAUGAAGAUGAACAUUAACAGAGGUGCCAACUAGUACGAUUUUAUUGUAUUUCGUACAAUUUUUAGAAUUAAAUAUGACAGUAUGAUUUUUCCUCAAUAAGGACAAAAAUUCAAUGGCAAAAUGCCCAUUGUCUCCUGUAAAGUCUCCUACAAGCAUCUCACAUCAGCAAUUUGGGGAUGUUCAUUGGUUUAUCGAAAACACCAGUCAUGACCAAAUCAUGCAUAUUCAACCAAUGGUCCUUAAAAAAAUUCUUCCUGUAUGUAGGAACUUAUGCAAAUUGGUUAGAAAGUAUUUAUUGAUCAAAAGUAGGAUUUUUUGGGGGAAAAGAAUAGGAUUUUUGUUUCAGUUGGGGUUGGCAGCUCUGCAUUCACAAAUCUACCUGAUCAAUAAAGAAAUACCACCUUGAGUAUUCAUGCAUUGCAAUUGUAUGUUGUAAAUAAUAACUGGAAUAUGUAUUCAAACAAUAGCUUGCAAAGCCAUGGAAUUAACAUUCUCUGUGCAGUCGAUAUAUGAUUGAAAUCAUCAACAUAGUGCCAUCAUGUGCUUUCAUGCCAUGCAAUUAUAUGAGUAAAACUUUGUUAUAAUAUGAUUGCAAAUUUAGAGUAACAGCCAAUAUGAAAGUGUGUUUCCAAGAUAUAUGUUUAGCUAUCAAUUUUCUCCUUCCAAAGUGUGAACUGAAGUUUGAAAAAAUGAAUAUUCAUGAAAUGAAAUACAAUGUAGUUACCUUGAAUUUCAGAACAAGAAGAGAUUUUAUUUUCCAUAAGCUGAUUCAAGUUUUAAUGUUUAUUUAGUUAUUAUUCUUUGCAUAUCUUGGAUAAGUAAUGAAUGAAAAAGAAUGAAUCAUUUUACAGAAUAAUAAUGUUUGUAUAUUUGUUGGUAGCAACUUUGAUGACUAGAGUACAUCUGAAUUGAUUUUGAUAUAUUUUUUUAAUAUGAUUUCUACAGUAUUACCUUUGCCAAAUAAAAGAAUAUGUAAAUUUAUAAGAAAUGUUAAAUAUUUUACUUUGAAUUUGUUAUUUACUUUUGUUGCAAUAGAUAUUAUAUUCCAAAUGUGAAUGAAAUAAUGUUUAUUUAACUCAAUCUUGUACAAAUCAUAAUUUGUUCUGAUAGAUCAAGAAUCAGAAGGGCAUUAUUAUUGACUUAAAGCCCUUCCGGCUCUCAACAGACAGCAUCUCACUAAUUUGAUUGAUUGAUUGAUUGAUUGAUUGAUUGAUCGAGUGGUCAAUUAUAUAUUUACUUGAUUGCUUGAUUAAUUGGUUGAUAUGUAACUUGAAGCCACAAAAGCGAGCAUAUUGAGUCUUACGGUCAACA